AUUCUUCAUGUGGCCCUCCUUCUCAUUUCCCAAAGCGUUGGUUUUAUUCUUGUUACAACAAAGCUUUAAGAAUUGGAGCUUCUUUUGAAACGAUGGUUCAAGGAGUUGGGUCAACUAUUUCAACUGGUGUUGUUGCCAACUCGAACAGUCCUCUUAAAAAAGUCGAAUAUCUAACUUGGAUACCCACUUGGUUUCCAAGAAAAGUACACGACUUGUUAGCGUGGAACAACGUUUAUCUUUCUACUGCCCUAUUUCUAGCAGGCAAUCUUCUUUUUCUGUUGUUGCUAUUGGACAAAUUUUCGCUUCUCUCGCUCGUUUCCUAUGUCGCUAUGUUGGAAUUGGCUCUUUCUUUUGUAUUUGUCAAAUGUUCCAAUCUAUUCGUUGGCUUCCUUGGAUCGGACUUUUAUUCACCCCCUUCUUUAGGAAAGCCUUAUAUAACAGAAGAAUACAUAUCCCAGCAACUAGACCAACUCAUUCCUUUAUUGAACAAAGCUAUCGAUGAGUGGAAAAAGAUCAUCUUUUGCACAGACAAUAGACGUACGCUAAAGCUAUGUUUGGUAGCUUAUAUUUUGGCUCAGCUUGGGCAUGUGAUGAGCUUCGUUUCGUUAGUCUAUCUUUGUUUCCUGUAUUUUUUUACCGUACCCAUAUUGUACCAUACUUUUCAGGAACCAGUGGAUCAUAUCUGUUCUUUAACAGUAACUGUUGCUCAUGAAUAUUGGUUACCUAUUCAACAUCAACUCCAACUUCGAUUACAGAAACUUGUCGAUUGUUGUCCACAACGAAUACGUCCAAUCCUAAGUCAACAUUUGCAACCUCUUUUAGAGAAAACAAAAACCCAAUGAGAAGUGAAGGAAAUAAAUAGCAUUUUGCUUUU